GGACUCUCCCCUUCCUAAGUCGUCGGAAGGGCUGCGGAGGCCCGAGAGGGAGCGCGCGAGGCGGUUGCAGCCGCGUCCAGUAAAGGCUCCCUCGCCGCGCGCCCAGGGCAAUCGCUUGCUUGCUUAUUUUCAUUAUUUUAUUUUGCAAACGAUCCGGGACUUUUUCGACACGCGUUGGCGAGGAUCAUGGGGACGCCGGCAGAUCUGCAAGACGGGCUCCAGCUUUGAGCAAGCAGCUUGCAGGGAAGUAGCAACUCCCCCCCCCCCACCUCCCCCGCGCAGCAUCCCCGCCGGUUGGGGAGAGCGGUGCGGGCCUCCCAUGGCUGGGAUUCCCGAAGAGGACGACGUGCCCCUCAUCUUGACCUUAGAGGAGACCAGAAGCCGGAGGGCCGAGCCGGAGGGGGUCCCCAACGAAAAUGGAGGCAACUAUGAUGGGGUCCAUGAUCUGUCCAGCCCGGCGACUGGAGAUAGCUACCCUCAGUGGAAUCAUGGAAGGCAAAACUGGGAAAUGAAUUAUCAGGAGGCUGCAAUCUACUUACAGGAAGGAGAGAACAACGAUAAGUUUGUCACUCAUCCCAAGGAUGCCAAAGCUCUUGCUUCCUACCUCUUUGUCCACAACCAUCUCUUUUAUCUCAUGGAGCUCACCACGGCACUCUUGCUGCUGAUGCUGUCCCUCUGCGAAGCCCCCGCAGUUGCCAUAUUCCGCCUCGGCAUUUACGUCCAUGCCACCCUGGAGCUGUUUGCAUUGGCCGUUGUGGUGUUUGAGCUCUCCAUGAAAUUAAGAUGGCUGGGCUGCCAUACCUACAUCCGGCACAAAAGGACCAUGGUCAAGACCUGUGUCCUGCUCCUGCAGUUGGUAGAAGCGGUUGUGGUGUUGGUGCGCCAGACGUCCCACCUUCGGAUCACACGAGCCUUGCGCUGCAUCUUCCUGGUGGACUGUCGUUACUGUGGAGCUGUGCGAAGAAACCUGCGCCAGAUUUUCCAGUCUUUGCCUCCGUUCAUUGAUAUUCUCCUCCUUUUACUCUUCUUCAUGGUCAUCUUUGCUAUCCUGGGAUUUUAUUUGUUCUCUCCAAACAAAUCUGACCCUUAUUUCAACACUUUGGAGAACAGCCUGGUGAACCUUUUUGUUCUUCUGACAACUGCCAAUUUCCCUGACGUGAUGAUGCCUUCUUAUUCCCGAAACCCAUGGUCCUGUGUGUUUUUCAUUGUGUACCUUUCCAUUGAGUUGUACUUCAUUAUGAAUUUGCUCCUUGCUGUUGUCUUUGAUACAUUCAGUGACAUUGAAAAAAUGAAAUUCCGAUCGCUGCUGCUUCACAAGCGCAUGGCCGUCCAGCAUGCCUACCGUCUGCUGGUUAGUAAGCAGAGACCCUCUGGGAUUGCUUUCAAGCAGUUUGACGGCCUGAUGCGCUUCUAUGCGCCCCGGAUGAGCGUUCGGGACCGUUAUCUUACUUUCAAAGCACUGAGUCAAAGCAAUACCCCUUUACUCAGUUUGAAGGAAAUGUAUAGUUUCUACGAAGUUGUUGGCUUAAAAUGGAAGGCAAAAAGGAACCGCGAGCAUUGGUUUGAUGAUCUUCCAGGAACAGCUUUCCUUAUUUUUAAAGGUAUUAACAUAUUAGUGAAUUCUCGGACCUUCCAGUACGGCAUGUAUAUUCUGGUGGCGGUGAACGGCCUCUGGAUUCUAGUGGAAACCUUCAUGUUGCGAGAUGGAAUCUUUUCUCGAGAUGUCCCUUGGAGUUACAUCGUCUUCCUUACGAUCUAUGGAGUUGAAGUGCUGCUGAAGAUCACAGGACUGGGGCCUAAAGAGUACCUCUCUUCUGGCUGGAACCUCUUUGAUUUCGCUGUCACGUUGUUCGCCUUCUUGGGUCUGCUGGCGCUCGCGUUCGAUAUGGAGCCAUUCUAUUUCAUUGUCGUUCUGCGGCCUCUGCAGUUGCUGAGGCUGUUUAAACUGAAGAAACGUUACCGGAAUGUCUUGGAUACCAUGUUUGAGCUUCUUCCCAGGAUGGCCAGCCUAGGCUUAACUCUACUCAUCUUCUAUUACUGUUUUGCCAUUGUGGGCAUGGAAUUCUUCUCAGGAAAACUCUACCCCAACUGUUGUAACACCAGCACAGUGGCCGAUGCCUUUCGCUGGGUCAACCGCACCAUUGGGAACAAGACCGUGAUGGAACAAGGCUACUACUAUCUCAACAACUUCGACAACAUUUUGAACAGUUUCGUGACCCUGUUUGAGUUGACUGUAGUCAAUGAUUGGUACAUUGUCAUGGAAGGAGUGACCUCAGAGACUUCUCACUGGAGCCGUCUUUAUUUCAUGAUUUUCUACAUUGUGACCAUGGUGGUGAUGACAAUCAUUGUAGCUUUUAUCCUGGAGGCCUUUGUAUUCCGCAUGAAUUACACCCGCAAGAAUCAGGAUUCAGAAGCAGAAGACAGUGGGAUUGUGUUUGAGCGGGAGGUCUCCAAGGAAGAAAUUGUGACUGUCGCCGAGUUAUACGGGAGGCAUGGGAACACCUUGGCAGCUAGUCAACUCCUCAAGGUCAUUUCCCAAAUGGAUCGGCACCGGCAAACCUCCAUGCUGUUCUUGGGCCGGCGGUCGAGGACCAAAAGUGACUUAAGUAUGAAAAUGUAUGAGGAAGAGAUACAGGAAUGGUAUGAAGAGUAUUCCAGGAGAGAAGAACGGCAGCUUCCUUGGCACGAAGAUGAUGAAUUGCUCAACCAGGCCUUUCACCCUCCUGGCCUCCGGCAGCGUUCGCAAACAAUCAUCUAAGCUUUGCUUCUCGAAAACAGGUUCUCCUAUGCAUUCAGCCUGGGCUUGGCGACACAGUGGCAACUACCAGCCUCCCCUCAAUCAGAUUUUUUUUUGUUAAUGUCCCUAACCUCUUGAGACUUCAAGCCAGGAUGCUGACAUCUUGUGAGAAGUUGACCAUUUUUUAUUAUUAUUAUUAUUAUUAUUAUUAUUAUUAUUAUUAUUAUUAUUAUUAUUAUUUUAAAUUUAAGCCUUUUCCUUUCUUUUGGCAUCUGCAUUACUGCAUGGGGGCAUCUGGAGGGACUCUUGACCUUGCAGUAAUGUUGCGAUGCAGGACUAAUGCACAGUCCUGCCUGGCCAAAGGACAGCUGGACUUUCUUUUGGAGAAAACCUGUGGGUUUUGUUCUUGUGGCUGCUGUGUUCUUUUGCAGACCAGUUGCUGUGUGAGAACUGUCAGAUGCACUGGCCCAGAGGGCUGGGAUCUGGCCCGUUUGCGAGCAAAGAUGUCAAGCGGGAUUAAGUAUCGGGUGUACAUCUCAGCAUGUGCCUCGUGUAUCUUUCUUCAGGCACUUCUUCUGAUGGGCUGGAAAUGGCAGAAAAGCUGGCCAAGUCCCCUAGAUUGCUCUCUCUGCAUUCGUAAUGCACUAAGUACAGUUGGGUGAAGUAGUAUAUCCCACACUUAUUUUCCCCACCCUUUGUAGCUCAUCAGCAACUACAAAGACUGCUAGUGCUCCAGUGAUUGCUUGCCAGGUUUUACCAAAAUGUAGCAAGGGUCUUUGGCAUGUAACAGGACCUAGGGCCAACUUGGGCUCAGAGUAUCUUCCUAAUGGAAAUGGAUUCCUGGUUCAGCGAGAGCCUGAAUGUGCAUAAGACUCUUUCGCGCUCACGUGCUCACAGACGUUACCCUAUGUUAGCAUCGUGAUUCUUUCACUUUCUGGGAUCUGGAAACCUGAAAUGGUACCUUCCUGGAGCCAUUAACAGUUACAGCCCAGAAGGCAACCCUGCCAAUAGGCAUUGUAUUAAAUCCUGAAGCCGCCCUGCCUAAUAGGUGUACUAAAGCAAUAAUUCUUCGGCAGAAAAUACAAAUGCGAUCCAGGGAUUGGUGUCCGUCAGGUUUUGUUGCUGAUUCUCUCCUGUAGGAAGUCCUUAGUCUGUUUCCAGGCUUUGGGGCUCCUGGAAAGCCUCUUCCUCACAAGAGGAACAAACAAGUGGAUUUAUAUAUGUUUUUAUCUUUUGAUUUGGAAUAGGAACCUUGGCAACGCGCAAUGCUUGUCUUAAAAUACGAAGAAGCAUUACGCUCAUCCAGGUCUGUCUCUGGCUAUUACUUUAACCUGGAUGGCAAAUUAGCGGGGGUAAUCUUCCUUGGCAACUUAUAAGCAGAAAAAACUAGGGUUUUUUUUUUCUUUUUCCCUUGUCCCUUCUGUACUUAGGAUCGCAAGCCUAGGACAACUAGCAAACUUUGCUUUCUUGUGUCUGCUAACUCUCUGGCAUGGCAUUACCUAGUUAAAAACAGCAGGUGUGUUUCCAUGCUAAAUGGACAACUAGAGAAGGGUUGGCUCUGAAUAAGCUAAGCUAUUUUCCACUUGUUGGAGAGAGGAAUGGCUCAUCUUAACUCAAAGCCAGUCUCCAAAAAGGGGAUGGGUUUGAAAUAAGCAGUCACCAGAAGUGAAACUUUCCCGGCCUUGCUUACUCCGUGCUGGUACCUCCCAAUGUCCUGAGUUACAUUAAUGGCCAGGGAAGAUUGUAGUUGUAGUCUAACAUCACCGGAGGACACCAAGUUGAGGAAAUGAAAGUUCCUGCACCCGUGAUCACUGAUGUUCUUUCUUGUUUUCUUCCUAAGAAGAAUGAGGAUAUUUUGUAAGGUAGAUAUCCACAAUUUAGAUGACCUCCGGGUGUAUAGACUUCAACUCCCAGAAUCCCCAGUGCCUGCCAUGCUAUAGGACAACUCUGGGAGUUUAAGUCCACCCAGCUGGAGUUUAUCCAGAUUGAAGAAGGUUGCCUUAAGGUCCUUAGAAGAGAGAAGGGGCAUCUUAAGAAAAAUACUGUAGGUUCAACAGGGCAUUAGUGUUGUCAGUUCAGGGAAGGUCUUCCUUCCUGCUACAUCAAUCAGGUUUGUUAUUCCUUUAAAAAAGGAGUAGGUUUGCAAAGCUGAACAGAUGGGAUGUUUUCUAGUGGCAAUUCAUUAGGGAUAUGCUGUGUUUUGGCUCCGAAGCAAAAACGGAAUUUCAGAAUGGGUAGGGACAUCCAGAUCACGCCUGUCUAUAUAUGUGAAAGAGGUGACUUUUCCGGGGUUGCAGAAUAAUUGCAUCUUCCCUGGGAAAUAGAAAUUUAAAUGAGGGAGGCGCUGUGUAUGUAUAUGCAUACUCAAAGCAUCUUACUGUACCCCAUCAGCCCUUUCUAACACACAGUUUUCCUGGGAAAUUUUUCCUGAGAUUGUGUGGUGGUGGUGGUGGUGGUGGUGCCAGGAAAGGCACAGCUUCUUUAAGGAGGUGCUGACGCGUGCAGGACGCCCGACAACUCUGAAGCAUGCUUUCAGCUUUGGAUCUGAAGCACCGCAAAGCCUUGCAGUAGGUUCUCAGUUUAGUAUUUUUUUAAACAGGAGCCCGGGUAAGACUUACCUUACUUACCGACCGUUUUGGUGGUGUCACUGAGCAGAAAUGAAUGCUGACCGCCUUUACGAUUUGGAUUUGUUUUGCUUGCCAGUCAAUGACCCAAACCUGGUGUGCACGUGGGGCACAUUUUGCACACUGUGCACACCCAGGCUAGUUGACAGGAGCCUGCUUGGCACCAUCUAGCCCAUCUUUUGCACAGUUCUUUGAUCAUCGUCCAUAGCUAAGCAGGUUGUCAAAACCUAGAACAGUGUUUCUCAACCUUGGCAACUUUAAGAUGGGUGGACUUCAAUCCCCAGAAGCUAUGCUGGCUGAGGAAUUCUGGGAGUUGAAGUCCACCCAUCUUAAAGUUGCCAAGGUUGAGAAAUGCUGACCUAGAGCAAUGCCUUUUUUAGUUAGCAUCAAUCAAGAUUUGAAGCUUAAUUCCAUUAUUCAAAUAGUAGUUUCUGCUAACUGGAAGAAUAGUUAUAGCCAGUCUGGAUGCACUACAGGAAAGUCACAAAUCAGCAUAAAAUAUUCACUUUAUCAGCCUGGACAGUAAACAGUGGACUAUAGUUUCAAUUUUCCUUAUUCCACAUGGCGUUAGAGAUGCUGGCAACUUAAUCCCAGGCAUUUGUAGAAUAGACUUUUUUUUUUGAUGUUUUUGUUAUUUUUGUUCUUGUUUAUUUUUGUUCUCGUUUAUUAAAUAAGCUAAAAAUAAUUUCAGAAAUUUCUUUCUUCUGAGUAUCUUGGAAGGAAAACAAACUUGGAAAGAAUGCAGGGAUUUAUUCCUUCCUAAAUACCCUUCUCUGCUCUUAACUCCAAAGACAAUCAUUCAUAGGGGAUGAAACACAUGAUGGGUUUUGGAUACUGGGAAAUUUGUAUAGCCAUUAUAACAAUGUCUGAAGCAGUAUUAUAUAGAUGUUUACAGCACAUUUAAUAAACCUUUUUAAACCUUU